CUUGCCCCUACUUCUCGCCAGUCUCUCGCCAGUCACUCUCGAUGGCACAGCAUUCGAGUACCGCUCCCAUUCGAUCUAUAGCUUUCUUGGAUUUACUUAUUUUCCGUUCCUGUUCCUUUCCAUCUUACAUUUGGUCUGAAGCCGGUGCAUGGAAUUCAACAAGCGAUUCAUAUGAGAGUCGGAGAUAACCCCAGUGUACAUCCCCAGUGUCUUCCCCAUCACCACCCGACGUUGUCACCCAGGAAACUUCCGCCUGGGUAAUCUCAUAGAAUGCACCGCCCGCACAUCCUCUUCCUCGACGCCCACGACUCCUUCUCCAACAACAUCACCUCCCUGCUCACCACCCUCCUCGAGGCAGACGUCUCUGUCCUGCCCAUUGACGAUCCUCUCUUCCUCAACCCUGACACCACCAUCACCACACCACCUACUCAGUUACUAUCCCCGGUAGACUGCCGGGCGAGGUUCGUCGCCGAACUUGCUCGUUAUGAUGCCGUCGUGUGCGGCCCGGGGCCGGGACACCCCGAUAACGAGGCUGAUGUUGGGCUGAUGAGGAUCGUGUGGGAGUUGCGGGAGAGCGAGAUGCUGCCUGUGCUUGGGGUGUGUCUUGGCUUCCAGAGCCUCGUGAGCGCCCACGGGGGGAGGGUGGGCAGGUUGAGGAGAGGGUUGCAUGGGAUGGUGAGGGAGAUCGGGCAUCGCGAGGGUGGUAUUGGGCAUGGAGAAGACGGUGAUAUUUUCUGUGGGGUGGGUAGGUUCAAGGCUACGCUCUACCACAGCCUGUGCGGUGAUAUCGGACAGGGGGAAAUUGGUAGUGAGGAGGAGUGGGAGACGGCGAGGUGGAGGCCGUUGGGCAGGUGUCCAGAUCUGGUGCCGCUGGCUUGGGUGGAGGAGGAGCGAGAGAAUUGCGGGAUGGAAAGGAUACUCAUGGCCACGAAGCACAGGACGAAGCCGUUUUGGGGCCUGCAAUACCACCCGGAAUCGGUCUGCACUGAGGAGGAGGGCAACAAGGUCAUUCUGAACUGGUUCCGGGCGGCACAGAGAUGGAACGAGAAGAAAGGGAGAGUGCCUGUGCUGGGAGGCCAGGGGUUGGCAAAGGCUGCAAGGAAGCCGAGUCUGCUUUCGCAGUUAUCUGGGCUGCUCGCUGGCCAGGUCAGCACCCGGCAGUGGUGGGAGGUGCUCGAGACGAACCCGGAGUUGCGCUUUCUCACGGUGCCGCUGCCAUCCGGCGUUCAGGUGCCAGACAUCGUCGAGAUUGUCGGCGCUGAGAGUUCAGAGCGUAUCAUCCUCGACUCAGCCAACGCAGCACCAGCGACGUCCAGGGCUGAUGUGCGCGGGCGGUACAGCAUCAUUGCGGCUGGACUAGAUGAGGCGUUGCGUAUCGAGCACCAUAGCGGCGAGUCGUAUGCUACCGUCAAGGUCGGAUGUCUUGGAGGUUCGCGGGUGAAGCUUUCAGAUAAGGUACCGCUUGCACAGUACGGCAGUGUUUGGGGCCUUAUCGCCGCGUUUCACGAGUCCCGGCGCAUCCCAGCGACGGAACCAUCGCAUACCCCUUUUGUUGGGGGCUUUAUGGGCUACAUCACCUACGAGCAGGGCCUCAGUGAUAUUGGCGUCUCGCUGGGGCCGUCGCGCUCCCAUCACCGACCUGACGUUUCGCUUGCCUGGGUUACCAAGAGCAUCGUCGUCGACCAUCUGCAGCAAGUUAUCCACAUCCAGGUCCUCAGCUCCAAGCGCAUGGAGGUAGACAGUUGGCUGGAAAAGACUGCAAACAAGCUCCAGUCUCUACGGAACCCCCAGCGAAGACCCUCUCUCAACCCGUCCGAGCUCCCGCUGCAUUGGGGACCCCUUAAAAUGCGACGCCCUUCAAUGAGCGCAUCGAUCCAGCCGCCCCAAACCAAAGAAUACGAAGCCAAAGUCCGGGUAUGCCAAGAAUACAUCGCAGCCGGCGAGUCCUACGAACUCUGCCUCACCGACCAAACUACCCUCUCCCGGCCUUUGAGCGACAUCUCCCUCCAUCCCGACCCCAACCCCCUUCCCUCUUCCCUGCGCAAGCAACAACAACAACAACAACAACAACAACAACAACAACAACAACAACACAAUUGCCGCAGUUACCCCCACCACCCGCCCACAUCCUCCUCAUGGACUCUUUUCAAACGCCUCCGCAAACACCAACCAAGCCCCUUCGCCUCGUACCUCCGCCUGGGGCCCGCAACGCUGGUGAGCGCCUCGCCGGAGCGCUUCCUAACCUACGACCGAGCCGGGCGCUGCUCGAUGCGGCCAAUGAAGGGCACGGUGCGCAAAUCAGAGGGCGUCGCCACGCUGGCCCAGGCGGAGCGCAUCCUGCACGUGCCCAAGGAGGAGGCCGAGAACCUCAUGAUUGUCGACCUCGUCCGGCACGACCUGCACGGCGUCUGCGGCGCGGGCAACGUGCGGGUGCCGGAGCUGUUGAAAGUGGAGGAGUACCAGAGCGUGUUCCAGAUGAUUACCGUUGUCGAGGGGCAGCUGCCGGGUAGGGGAAACGAGGGGGGGGAAGAAGAAGAAGGAGAAGGGGACAGGGCGGUGGGGAGAAAGGGGUGUUGUUAUACGGGCUUGGAUGUGCUGGCUGCGAGUCUGCCUCCCGGGAGCAUGACGGGCGCGCCGAAGAAGAGGAGCUGUGAGAUCUUGAGGGAGAUUGAGGGGCAUAAGGAGCGCGGGCUGUACUCGGGCGUGGUUGGGUACAUGUGUGCGACGGGGCGAGGCGACUGGAGCGUGACGAUUCGAAGCCUGUUCCGGUGGGACGACGAGCAGGUUGUCGUGAAUGGGGACGAGGGGCCAGAUACGCACGAGGUAUGGCGGAUUGGGGCUGGGGGGGCGGUGACUAUUCUGAGUACGCCUGAAGGUGAGAGGGAAGAGAUGUUUACGAAGCUUGCUGGGCCGCUGCGGAUAUUUGGGGGGGAGCCGUGUCGGUGGUAG